AUGACCGCAACUGUCACUAUUGCGGCAAACAAGAGUCACUGGCUCGAUAGGUACGCCAAGAAUCACCAUGAAUGGCGACCACAGCAAGACCAGAAUGGCGAUAGCUUCUGGUGUAGACGCCAGGGUAUCAUCGAAAGUGCAUUUGACGCAGAUGGGCGAUAUUAUGAGGGCAGAGCGGAUGUGACUUCACUACUCCGCCUCAAAUUUAUUUCACCACUAUCUUGGGAACAGUUGCGCCAGCGGAUAUUGCUGGCUUGGACCGCUCUUCGCUUGGAACAUGUCCUCAUGCGAGCGUGGGCUCCAUUGAUCAAGAACGAAGCCCAUGGAAGCGAUGAGCCUUAUUUCCAGGUUCCCUGUUUUGACGGACCCGAAGCUGCCAUCGAGAAUGCCAACCAGUGGCUCUCCUUCGUCGAGGAUCGUCCGGACAGGAUCGUGGACGAUGACGAGUUCCACCUUCACUCUAUUAAUACGGCUCGUGUUGUGGAUACCAACCGUUCACUGUCGAGACUAUUCGUACUACCUCGAAAGGCCUUGGAUAACGGCGAGACCGUGCUACGAUUCUGCUUGGUUGCAGCGCAUCAAAUAACAGACGGACUCACGAUGCGUGUUUGGCAGGAGUCGUUUCUCAGGCUCCUGAACACACCCCUUUCCGGCCUACAGACUUCGAUCUCCUCCCUAUGCCCCCUAGCCGCAACCAAGUCCAGACUUCCUAAAGCGCAAGAGGACCUGUACCCUGCCAUGUCUGGGUCGGUGGCCCGGAGACGCUGGUUCUGGGCGCUGUCCAGAAUCCUACGACACGUCCGGAAACCUCUGUCUGCUGGAUUCCCCAACCCUCUGAGGCACGAACAACCCUUCUCCGAAUCCAAGGCCUACCCGCCCACAUACGCCGAAGUUUUGGAUUACACCUCCAAACCGCCCCUGAACACAUUCGUAGUACGGGCGCGAGUGGCGCCGGAUGCAGUAUCCCGUAUGGUGAGCCUCUGUCGCCAAGCCGGCGCCAGCGUCGGAGCCGGCGGCUUUGCUCUGGUAGCAAUGGUCAUGAUGGAGUUGCACGAGCGCCGACACCCGGGCGACCAGCGCCCCUUCAUCACGGCAUUUCCGAUCAACCCGCGGCCAUUCUUCAACCACAUGGAUCCGCCCGAUAGCCUGAUGCUAGCGUUCUGCGACGGGAUCGUGUUCCCGUUCCUUCCAUCGGACCUUGAUCGCGACGGGCGGUUCAGGGUGCUGGUGCGGCACGCACAGAGGCAGCUGUCGGCGUUCCAGAAACGCGUCAGGCCCCAGGACGCCACGGACCCCGUCGCCUAUAUGGGGAGCCGGGGUGCGGGCAGGGUCAUUGCCAUGAACUACAUACUGAGCGUAGAGAGGGAGGAGCUCAAGUUGCCCGAUCACUUGCGCAAGAACACGGCAGGCCCGCAGGGCAUGCUCGCUGCGAGCAUGAAUGGAAGCUCACAGACGUGUGGUGUGAGCUCGGUGGGCAGGACGACGCAGAAGCCGGGGAUGUACGAUCUGAGCAGACCGAUCGGAAAGGGUGAAGACGACUUUGUAGCAGAUUGGUUUGACACACAAGGAUCGGUUCGAGUUCGAGACGGGGAAUUCUUGUGCGGUGUCUAUGGUCAACACGACGGAAUGGAGGUUGUGGUCAGCGUUGAUGGAAACGCUAUAGAUGAGGAGAAAGCCGAGGAAUUCAGGCAACGUAUCGAGAUCAUAUUCAACGAUCACAGCAGCAGGGUCACGAAGUCCUUGCUAUAG